AUAAUUGACCAAAACGAGUAUUUAUUGGUCUCGUUAUAUAAACAAAAAUAUAAUUAAAUAUAACACAAAUAAGAAAAAAAUCAUUGAUUUGAUAUGUCUUUAAUUUUCUUAAGUUUAAUUUGAUCCAAAUAAAUACAAUCAUAAAUACAACCUUAUCUUUCAAGUGUGAGAGUCGGCACAGUGGGUAGCAGAUCAGACCAAUAAGUCAGGGUGGUUUUGGAUUAAAAAAAUUUUUUAUCUUUUUACCACGUACUAAAAACCAUUAAAUACUGAAAUGUAUAAAAGAAAAAAAAUACACAAAAAAUAAUUUCUAAUGAUUAUAAAAACGAACUCAAACAAAUUCGUCGCUCGAAGCAGCACAGAUAUUACAGAAGCGAGAGCUUUUUGCAUAGAACAAGCUUCUACUUACUUAUUAGUUAAGCCAAAUGUUUAUUUAAGUUUAAUUUCCAUUUAACUGUCACCCAAAAUGAAUCUUUUAUUUUUACUGAAAACAAACUUUCAAAAAAAAAAAAAAAUAGCAGAUCAGACCUCAAAUUCAAAGGUCUCGGGAUCGAGCCUACAAGUCGGCGAAAUUUUUUUUUUUACUUCGUAAUAAAAUUUGUGGAUACAUCAUGGGACCAUGAUAGGUACAGCGUCUAAUCACGAUGAUUGAUAUCAAUUGGUACAUACUUUUUUUUGCAACAAAUUGUUCAAAUAAUGCAAGCUUUAGCAGAAAUUAAUUGAUAACUUUCAAUCGUAGUUCUGCCAUUGUGAUUAUUAUUUUAGUGCCAAAACGAUAGUGCUCACUUUAAAGUCUUAGCUCUCAGAUAAAAUAAUUUUAUAACUAUGGAGUUAAAUACCUUAUUCAUUCUGCUUAUAAACUCGAUCGUUCUCGUUAAUGGAAAAAAUAUCGUAUUGAUAAUUGCGGAUGACUUGGAUUUGGUACUCGAUGGAAUGACGCCACUUCAAAAUACACGGAACAUCAUAGGCAAUAAUGGGGCAACUUUCCUAAAUUGUUUUGUAGCAUCUCCAUUGUGUUGCCCAAAUCGAGCGUCAAUUUUAACCGGAAGAUAUCAACAUAACCACCAGACUUUUAAUAAUUCGUUGUCCGGAGGAUGUAGUAGCAUGAAAUGGCAAAACACUAACGAAAAACAUACUUUUGCUACGAUUUUGAAAACUCAAAAGAAUUAUAGAACAUUUUAUGCUGGCAAAUAUUUGAAUCAAUAUGGAACACACUCGGCGGGAGGACCAAACCAUAAGCCAGCAGGAUGGGAUUGGUGGGCUGGAUUGGUUGGCAAUUCCAAAUAUUAUAAUUAUACGUUAUCAGUAAACGGUUCUGCAAAAUUUUACGGCGAUAAAAUAAAAGACUAUCUGACGGAUGUCAUAGCUGAAAUGGCUGUGAGCUUUAUUCGAAGUUCUAAUAACGACGCUCAACCGUUUCUCAUGGUUCUUGCACCUCCCGCACCACAUGCACCAUUUACGCCAGCAGUUAGGCACAAUGAUAAAUUUAAAGAAACAAAAGCAAAGCAUACGCCUAAUUUUAAUUCCUCACCUCAAAUGGAUAAGCAUUGGUUAGUUCGAAUGGCUCCAUCACCGCUUCCACAAGAAAUAUUACCAAAGCUAGAUUUCAUUUUUAGACGACGUUGGGAAACACUUUUAUCUGUUGAUGAUUUAGUAGUAACAAUAUACGAAACGUUAAGGCUUCAGAAAGUUUUAAAUAAUACCUAUAUCAUAUUCACGUCGGAUAAUGGAUAUCACAUAGGACAGUUUAGCAUGCCAUUUGAUAAGAGACAACCUUAUGAGAGUGACAUACGGGUUCCCCUAUUGAUUCGUGGUCCAGAAAUCCCAGUAUCCCAAGUCAGAACACCGGUAAGCAGUGUCGAUUUAUUUGACACGAUUUUACAUAUUGCUGAGAUCAAAGAAUAUUCCGAUGGAAAAUCAGUACUGUUAAAAAAUGUUUCUCAUGAUCGGACAGUAUUAAUUGAGUACAAAGGAGAAAAAUCAAUUGAUCACCACAAUACUACCUGUAUGGAUGAUUUCGAUUUGAAUUUAUACAAUUGUGAUAAAAACAUGGCGUGCAAGUGUGAAGAUUCCGCAAAUAACACCUACUCAUGUAUAAGAAGAUUUUCUGAUAAGUACAACAAUAUAUUUUGUAUUUUCGAAGAUAAUCAACAUUAUAUAGAAGCUUAUGAUUUAAAUGAGGACCAAUAUCAAAUGAUGAACAUAGGAUACAAAAUGAAUCAUAGUCGAAGACGUAGGUUUCGAAAACGUUUGAAUCAAAUGGUCAAAUGCAUUGGAUCUGAUUGCCUUUGAAUAAAAUCGAAAGUUUUAUAUUUAUAUAUUGAUAUAUUCAUUAAUUAAGAUUUUAUAUUUAAGGUCUAAUAAUUUUUGAACCUCUUUGUGUGCAACUCUAUAAUAAAAACAUGAGUUACAAAUUUUAAAUGA